CAAAUCAAUGUAGCUUAUUACAAUUUAACUUUACAAAUAGAAUGAUGGAAAUUCGGUACUUGGAAUACUACAUAAUUAGUAUUUGACUAGCCAUUUAAGAAAUUAACCUACAUACUUUAGAUUCUGAUUUCACUUUUACUGCAACAUAGUGUAACACAAUCAUAUUUCCUUUAAACGUAACAUCAAAGUAUGGGUAAUAUUUUAAUUCAAAAGGUAAUACCUACUUGCUAGUGAUUUUUUUUUCUGUGCUUAUCGAACAUAAAAAUACGGUCCAAAUUUGUAUAUCAUUUUAUUGUUACUUUAGUUUUAACUAAUUAGCUUAAUUUUUGCUGACAAUUUAUUAUUGAUCACAUAAAUACAGAAUUUCACCGCAAAAAAUUAAUUACUUUGUGAGAUUCUUUGUGAAUAGCAAGAAACAAGCUCCCGAUUGUGCAAAAUGUCGGAUUCUGAGUACGCAUCCAGCAUUGAAGACGUGGCCCCAUUAGAGGUGGUGCCACCACCGCGCUCGAGCAAGAGCAAGUCCAAAACCAGCGCGUCGACCUCAACCGCUUCUACGCCUGCGCCUAAGCCGAGGAAGCGAAAGCCUGCCGCCCAUUCCGUUGCGAACGUUGAAGCCCUAACUAGACCAAAGAAAACGAAGAGUUUGUUUUCAAUCAUUAAUAAGGACGAGCGGGCAAGUGCGAAGGAGACAACUCGUAGCAUCGCAUCGAGCUUUACAUCGCGGGUGUCUUCGGGCCAGUGUCGUCGGACUGCAGUCACCAGCGGCGAGUUCUACAUAGAUUUGAAAGUCUACAACACCGACGAUGUUAAGAACGUUCCACCCGAGGAGCGUUACAAGAAAGCGCUUGCAGCGGUAAAACUCCAAUGCGGUGAACAAUCCCAGGAGUGGGAGGCUCUACAAAGGUUUAUAAGUAGCGCUUACGUAAUUUUUGAAGAGUGCGAACCGACUUAUUACAGUAAUAAAAUAAACAUUAAAUAAUUUUUACUUGUAAAUAAACAUACUUAUUACACAGUUUUAAUAUUAUUUUUUACAUUCGAAUUAUUCAACAUUAUUUCUAGUAGGUAGGUAUAGAGACUUUAUUGUUUAUUAACUAAUUCUUGGUUCUAAAAUGCCUUUCUGUACUAUUUGUAACGUGUCCAUAGGUUCAACCUCUUGGGUAGGACACUUGCGGAGUCGCUUGCACAAACAAAAGAACUCCACCCAACCACACAGUGAUGGUGUGGAAAUCGUAGGUUCUGCAUUUCGCUCUCGAAUCAUUUCUUACCGAUUAGUUGCAAGUGAACUUGACCAAACUUCUAUAGAUAUUUUCUUUAAUUCUAUUCAUAACAAAAUAAAAUCACUUUUAGAUGAUGCUUUAAGAGUACAUACUUGCAUCAAAGUGAAUUUUGAAUUAUUUAGCAUUUUCCUGUUAUUCAAAAAUAAUAUGCAGGAAAUGAAAUCUUUUGUUACAAAGAAUUUUAUACUUUACCACAACUAUGAUUUUGAUAGUUUAUUUUCUAAACUAGUGAGUAUAUUGAAAAAGAAAAUGGAAGAGUUUGAGGAAAGCGAUAGUGGUUGGGCUUUUUUAAGUAAUUCACAUUUAGAAAUAAAUGUCAAUAAGUACCAACCAUUAGGUGGGUCAUCUUAUUUAAAAUUACCUAAAUUUAUUCAAAAUAAGAAAGCAUGUAUAAAUAUUCAAAAUAAAGACCAGUGUUGCUUUUUAUGGAGCGUAACAGCAGCUCUUUACCCUGCUCGAAAUCAUCCUGAACGAGUCUCGUCUUAUCCCAAUUUUAAAGAUGUUCUAAAUAUCAAUGGGAUAUCUUAUCCCGUCACAUUCUCAGAUAUUAGGAUUUUUGAGAAAAACAAUCCUAAGUUAAGUUUUAUCAUUUAUGGUCUAAAAAAUUCUAAAACCAUUAUUGGCCCCGUAUAUAAAUCUGAAAAUACCAAAAACAAAAAAACUAUUCAUUUGCUAAUGUUAGAAAAUGACGCGACGUCACAUUAUUGUCUUAUCAAGGACUUGUCGCGGCUUGUCAGAAAUCAAAUAACAGCUCAUCAUGGUAAAAUUUAUUUCUGUGAUACAUGCUUAGUGUUUUUUACUACUUUUGAUGAACUAGAAAAUCAUUUAUGUAGCGGGAUCGUCACUGUAUUACCUGAAAAGGGGACCGUCAUAAAAUUUAAUAAUUAUGACCGUAAACAAAAUGUUCCAUUCGUCAUUUAUGCAGAUUUUGAGACAAUUUUAGAAGUGCACAAAGACAAAUCUGAUACGCAAAAUACAAAAACGCUGCAGCACCAUAUACCCUCAGCGUUUGCGUACAAUAUAGUCUGUACUGUAAACACUAGCUAUAAUCGGUAUGUAUCAUAUCUCGGUUCUGACUGUGUUUCAAAAUUUAUAGAAUCUCUUUACC